AGUCACUUCCCCUUCGCCCAGGACAGGGUGGUAAAGCCAUGGAGCUCCAUGCAGAACGUGGCGGAUGGAAAUGAGGAGAAGAGUGAGACUCCUAUCCAAAGGAACAAGUACCUGCUCAACAUCAAUGUGGGUGGCAAAUUGUUCCACAUAGCUUACAAGGUGCUGGCCCAGUAUCCCAUCACCAGGCUGGGGAAGUUGGCCCUUUACACAGACCCUGGGAAGAAGCUGCAGCUCUGCGAUGAUUACUCGGUGCAGAAGAACGAGUACUUCUUUGACAGGGAUCCUUCGAUUUUCAACUACAUCUUCCACUUCUACCGCAGCGGGGUCCUGUGGGUGAUGGAGGAGAUGUGCCCCAGUAACUUUGUGGAGGAAAUCGAGUACUGGGGAGUCCAUCUGAAAUACUCCCAACGCUGCUGCCGGAUCCUGUUCGAGGAAAAGCAAGAUGAACUCAGCGAGUACCUGAAAAUAGAGAAAGAGCUGGAGGCAGAACUGGAGCCUCUGGACUCAGGGAACCAGUUUGAUGGCAAAUUUCUGGGUAAGUUUCGGAAGUUGGUCUGGAACCUCAUUGAGAACCCUUACUCUUCUGUCCCGGCCAAGAUCAUUGCUGUCAUGUCAAGCAUCUUUGUGCUCAUCUCCAUCGUGGGCAUGACACUGAGCACAGUGGAGGAGAUGAAAAACAAGACGUGCAAGAUGUGGAUGGAGCAGAUGGAGAUGGUCUGUGCCAUCUUCUUCACCUCCGAAUACCUCAUGCGGCUCAUCUCCUCCUCCAGCUUCAAGAAGUUCCUGCGGGCAGCAUUUAACGCCAUAGACCUGGUGGCCAUCCUGCCCUUCUACAUCCAGCUCCUCUUCGAGAACUUGGACGAAGGAGACACAAUCUACCACGAGGAGCUGCACAAGGUGGAGAACGUGAGCAAGCUGGGCAAAGUUCUCAAGCUCAUCAAGCUCAUGAGGAUCUUCCGCAUCCUGAAGCUGGCACGGCACUCCACCGGCCUCCGAGCCUUCAGCUUCACCAUGCGCCAGUGCUACCAGCAGGUGUGCUGCCUCCUCCUCUUCAUCGCCAUGGGCGUCUUCACCUUCUCUGCUCUCAUACACUCGGUGGAACACGACGUCCCUGGCACCGACUUCACCAGCAUCCCCUACGCGUGGUGGUGGGCAGCGGUCAGCCUGUCCACGGUGGGCUACGGAGACACCGUGCCGGACACGAUACUCGGCAGGAUGGUGGCGUUUGUCUGCAUCUCCUUCGGCAUCAUCCUCAACGGCAUGCCCAUCUCCAUCCUCUACAACAAGUUUUCUGACUACUACGCCAAGCUGAAGGCCCACGAGAUGAGCCAGUCCCAGCAGCUCGCCAGGAGGAUCUGCCUGAAGGAGCGAGUGCUGCGGAAGCUGUCGGAAUGCUGGAAAGCCGAUCCCCGUUACCGCCGCUGACCCCACGGGCACGGGGCACUGCGUGCUGAGCCG